CAAAAUAGUAGGGGAAAAACUUCAGGAUAACCAUGCUAUUAGUAAUUAGGCUAACCAUUUUGUUGAUAAUCCUCCUCAAGGUAAUCAACAAGCUUCCACAUGAAGACCAUGAUGAUGUAAACUCACAUUCAAUAUCAUCGCUUCAAACAAAUUCAAGGUGGAUAGUGAAUGAAUCGGGAAAGCGAGUGAAGUUGGCCUGCGUGAAUUGGGCGGCGCACUUGGAAACCGCGGUGGCGGAAGGGCUGAGCAAGCAGCCGGUGGACGUGAUUUCGAAGACCAUCCUGGAUUUAGGGUUCAACUGCGUCCGGCUAACUUGGCCGCUUUCCUUGAUCACCAAUUAUAAUUCUUUGGGGAUUUCCGAUCAAUUUACCGUAAGGGAUUCGUUUCUGAAGGCUGGACUUUCUCCGUACAUUGCUGGAAUUCAAGUUAACAAUCCCUCCAUUCUUGAUCUUAGCCUCAUCAAUGCUUUUCAGGCAGUCGUAACCAGCCUUUCAAACCACAAAGUGAUGAUCAUCCUUGACAAUCACACCAGCAAGCCAGGGUGGUGCUGUGGCGGUUCCGAUGGGGAUGGCUUCUUCGGCGAUCAAUACUUCAAUCCUGACCUUUGGAUCAAAGGGCUAACUACGAUGGCCACCAUGUUUAAGGACGACAAGUACCUGAUCGGAAUCAGUUUAAGGAAUGAAUUACGAGGGCCUAAAGAAAAUGUCGAUGAUUGGUACAGGUAUAUGAAAAAAGGGGCUGAAGCAGUGCAUGCAGUAAAUCCAGAUCUUCUCAUCAUUCUUUCCGGGCUUCACUAUGAUAGAGAUCUCUCAUUCCUCUUUCAAAAGCCACUCAAGUUAAAAUUCAAAAGCAAGUUAGUCUACGAGGUUCACUGGUACAGUUUCUCUGAUGGGCAUUCUUGGGCCACAGGUAACCCAAACCAAGUUUGUGGGCAGACUGUGGACAACAUGAACCGAAAAUCUGGGUUUCUAUUGGAUCAAGGGUAUCCUCUGUUUGUAAGUGAGUUUGGCUUGGAUCUAAGAGGAGGUAACUGGAGCCAUAAUCGAUACUUCAACUGCUUUAUGAGUUGGGCUGCUGAACGUGACUUCGAUUGGGCUAUCUGGACAGUUGUUGGAAGUUAUUAUGUGAGGAAAGGGGUAGUUGGUCUUAAUGAGACUUAUGGUAUUUUCAACUGGAAUUGGUCGGAGGUUAGUAAUCCGAGCUUGCUGAAAAGGAUCUCUGUUCUACAAACUCCAUUUCAAGAACCAGGAGUUUCACCACACAAAAUCAUCUUCCACCCCUUAACAGGGCUUUGCAUCCAGAGACAAUCAAAUUUAAAUCAAUUGAAAUUAGGACCUUGCUCUGAGGCUGAGGUAUGGGAUUAUAGUCCUGAUCAGAAAGUAUUGUCAAUAAACGGAACAGACCGCUGUAUAGAAGCAGCUAAAUUGGGAGAGCCAGUAAAACUUGGGAUAGUGUGCAACCAAAAAAGUUCUAAAUGGGAGCCGAUUUCUGAAUCAAAAAUGCAUUUAUCUUCCAAUCCUCUUCAAGAUGUAAAUUAUCAAAUUUGUUUGGACGUUAAUUCCAACAAUGUUGUUAUUUCUAGCACCUGCAAAUGUUUGAGCAAAGACAAUACUUGUGAUCCCGCGAGCCAAUGGUUCAAGAUAAUUGACAGUAGUUGAGGAAUUAAACUGCUUACAAAGUCCAAGUACUAACCACAGUUCAGCCAAGCAAUCCAAGAGCAUAUUCACGCCACAAGAUCUAGGGUUCUACAGCAAAGAUGUCAUGCUUUUAGCACAAAGAUGUUCAUGUCUUCACUGAUAUCGAAACACUCAUAACCCCAGUUCUGAUGGAGCGGGCAUUUAUCAAUGUGUCCUAAAAAGUCGAAAGAAAGAAAAUUUCACUAAAUUCACAAAGGACACACCGUAAUAGAGCUCCCUUCUACUAAACUUGUAUAUCAAGGAAAUUGAUGAAUGUGUACAAAUUAUUCCUUUCAACUAUCACUUCCUACUACACAAUAAUUAUCAGCGAUAACUUCCGCCUUCUCUCCACCUUAAUCACCCUUAAUAGUAGCCGCCGCCGCCGCCGCCGCCGCUAUUUUCUGGCUCCCUCAUCUCUACAACACAAAGAGGAAACAUCUUCAGUCUAACAGAGUAGAACCAUCAACACAUAUAGAUAAGUAGGGUGUAACAGAUCAUUUUUAUCAUAUCACAACACCAAGAAAAACAAAAGAUGUGCAUGUUGGGGUCAUUAGGAUCAAAAUCAGGACCGAAACACAGACUGAAUCCUAAACAUCACAAAAUGUGGCUGUCACCAACUAGCCCUAAAGGUAGCAAACUGAACAGACAAUCCUAUAUAAGUUCAUUUUUGUUAUCCAUUAUAGAUCUAUCAGAACAACUCUGAUCCAAUAAUGAAACAUGAAAAAGUUUUGAUCAAGUAGAAAGGUUACCUCUAGCGAACAUAAUUAGGAAACAGUCGCUCAAGAUAGGACUCAUCAGUAUGUAUAAAAUAUCCCGGAGUGCACUUACCACCAGUUCUCCUGCUAUCACAAUCAAUAAACAGAUUCAGCAUGAGGCUUUGAAGCGAAUGAGUUGCAUCAUAAAGCAAGGAGACAAAAUUUCAACAAUGACGACUGCUAGAUUUUGCAUUCUUUUACAAUCAGAAAAGAAAAAGAAGAGGCUUGACGAAAGAACAUGUUAAUCCACCCCCUCUUUCAACAAUGAAUCUCAUCAUAACCAUUCAAUAUGAUACUUAAGCACUCAGCAAUGUCCUCUCAUUCACUGGACAAGCAAACUUCAGACAUUAUGACCAUGACAACAGACUAAGCUAAGAGAAACAAGCUCAUUAUUCACCAAACGAAACACAAGAUCCUCCACUCAUUCUCCAACAUUGAUAAGACCAUAUAAAGCACAUAGCGAGAUCACAUUAACUCAACGCACAUUCUUUAGCUAAUACACCCGAGCUAUCACCAGAUACAUCAAUUACAAACACAUUUGAAAUAUUUCAGUAAGCAAAUAAGCAUUGUUACAAACACGGGUCAUAAGGAUUGCACAACAGCUACCAUGUUAAGGCACAAAAGGCAACUCCAAACUCUUAAGACGAAUCAGAAAAUAAAUAAGCAAACAUAAUAAGGUUCAGAAUUGUAUUAACAGGGAAGAAAAAUAAAAAAACAUAAAAGUUCCAAGGACCAAAAUAAUAUAAAGAAUACCAUUUGUACAUAAAAAAUGUCAGUAGUUGGUUGAACCACCAUUCCCUUAAAAUGAGUUCAUCUCCAGGCAAUACGUCCGCCUCUUAACCAACAUCCUAGCAGCAGUCCCGAAAGGUUCUUCAAAUGAGGCAGCCACCCAAUUCGUAUCAGCUCCAACUUCUUUUUGAGGCUGCUCACUAGGCCUAAUGGCAACCAAAGUAGCACCCUUCAACACCGUCCCAUCAGGCAAAUCCAGGUGGGGGGCAUACCACAGCCGCAUAUUAAGUGCUGGCACCAAUGUUCUCUUCGAUGCAGAGGAUGCCGACAAAGGCUUCACUCGGAGCUCCUCCAAUUGCUCCUUGUUCAUGCACAAAACCCCUUGACCAUCUACAUCCGUCAAAAUCAAACUAUCCAGAGUCUUGUGCUCCGCAAUUAUCGGCUGCAGUAAAUAAUGUCUCGCUGAUGCAGCAAUCAAAGAGCUUAUCGUCCACACAACUCGUAAUUUCAAACCCCCAUUCGUGUAAAACGAUUCUGGUAUGCUCCCGUUAUCGCCUUCAUUUGGAUUACCAGAACCAUUGUCCUGAUUACUUUGACUUGCAGGUGUACUCUUACAUUUGUUGGUAAUCGAUGAGGCUCCGAGAAUGACACAAUUAUCCAAAGUGGAACCGAAAUCGGCCCGCCAUUUGAGCAGAACUCCAUCGUCUAUGCCGAGCUCACCCGAAGGAAGUUCGAUCCGAAGGAACUUGAUUUCGUUGAAAUUCCUAAGCACCUGAGUCGGUGAGUGGUGGGUGACACUGUUAUGGUCGGCAUCCUCGUCGUCGUUGCCGCCACAGCCGUGGCUCAGCGAAGAAAUAGAUCUUUUGUUAGAGUUUAUGUACUGCGUCAAGGACUGAAUCGGUUUCAGGAUCGAAGACAAGAAGAGCCGUAAGAAAGAACGGGAAUUAUCACCCGCAGCUGAAGCCGAAGACGACGAAGCAGCCGGAUUGUUGGCGGCGGCGGCGGAGGAAGAACCCGAGGACGACGAAGAAGAAGAGGAAGGAUCGUCGUCGGAGAUAACACAGUCAACCCGAACGACAACGUUUUCAACCUGGGGAACCAGAGAGUGAAAUCGCUUGGAGACGACGCAGCAGCGGCCAAGAGCCUUCACAUCGCCGAUCUUGUUGAAAAUCAACAAGAGCAGCGAAUCGGGUAACGGGUCGAAAUGGUCCAUGGGUUCUUCCGGCUCCGGGUAGAUUCUCGUGCUCAGAUCUACCUUCACUGAGCUCAUCCUUAAAGAUAAUGGAUCUGAAAGACACCGAGCUAAGAUCUAUAAGCUGUAAUUCUUUCUCCAGUAAUGAUCUGAAAGAAAGAAAAAUAAAAAGGGAGAAAAGUAAAUGGAGCUGAAGUGGAGAAAUUUAGUGGUGGAACAACUGGGAGCUGAGCUCCGGUGAGAGAGGCGGAGGAAGGCGGAGGAAGAGUUAGGUGAAGAUGAUGACCGGAUGAGAACAAAAGGGGGAAAGAAAAAAGAGUGGAAGAAAGAGAUGAAGAAAAUGAGGAGGAUAUUAUUCCAUGAUCUGUUUGUGUUGGGCUUUGCUGUGGUGUGGGUGGGUUGUAAGUUUGUUAGGGUGGGAAUGCAGAAAAAAUAUUAUCCAAUUAUUCCAAUUCAAUCACAUCCACGUCCUUCGUUUUUUCUGUAAUUCUAAAUCUA